CUUUAAUAAUAAUAAUUUUUUUACUUUAGUAUAUGAAAGAAAAGUUAACAGAAGUCUCUCCGCAAACAUCCGAAACAAUUUUUGAUUUCUCUCUCCUCUCUCGUCUCAGAAAGCGAAAAGAAGUAGACUUUGGUGAAGGGUUUGAGGGUCUAUAUGUCCCUCAAUCAAUCAAGGUUUGAUAAGAACGAGUCACAGUUUAGAAAACCAGGUGGACGAUCUGGUAACAGCUCUGGUGGUCAGCAAAGGAAUUAUACGGGCGGCCGUGGAAGAGGUGGCCGAGGCGGCCCCAUCGCCACCACCGCCCCUCCGCUUUCGACUAAUCAGAGUUACAAGAAGAUUAACAAUGCUCAAGGUGGGCAGUCAAGAGGGAAUGCUGGACUUGUGAACACAGUAGAUUUUCCUGCUGCUACUGGUUCGCGUCCUAUAGAGAAUGGUGGCCAUGUGCAGUCUACAUUACAUGCUUCCAAUGUACCGGCUCCAGCUGCCAUCCCUAAGCCAGUUGUUGAUACAUCAUCUCAUAAGACUAGCCGUCCACUCCCGAAGGCUCCAUCAUCUCAGUCAUCCUCCAUGAAUUCAGACUCUGCCCUGCCUUCUACCCCAGCAAAGGGGGAUGGAGCUAAGGGGUUUCCACUGCAAUUCGGAUCUAUAAGUCCAGGUUUUAUGAAUGGCAUGCAGGUACCUGCUCGAACAAGCUCAGCUCCGCCUAAUUUGGAUGAGCAAAAGCGUGAUCAGGCUCGACGUGAUGCUUCAAAAGCCAUGCCAGCGAUUCCAUUACCAACUGCUCCUAAGCAGGAAUUGCCAAAGAAGGAUGUUUUUGUAACUGAGCGUCCUAUCACUCAAGAGACUAAUAAUAAGGCCAAAAGAGAUGUCCAAGUGACAUCGGCAUCUCCACCAACACAGGCACAGAAACCUUCUGCUCUUCCUACAGCAGGUAUAUCUGUGCCAUUGCCAUUUCACCAGCCAACCGUUUCAAUGCAGUUUGGCGGACCUAAUCCACAAAUCCAGUCUCAAGGCAUGCCGACUAGUUCGCUUCAAAUGCCAAUACAGAUGCCAUUACAGAUGGGAAACCCCUCCCAAGUUCCACAACAGGUCUAUAUGCCUGGUCUCCAACAUCCACUAAUGCAGACACAGGGAAUCAUGCAUCAUAGCCAGAACAUGGGUUAUAAUCCUCAGCUUGCACCACAGCUUCCUCAUCAAUUAGGAAAUAUGGGAAUGAAUAUGUCCACUCAGUAUAAUCAACAGCAGGCUGGAAAAUUCAGCAGUACUCGUAAGACAGUGAAGAUAACACAUCCAGAGACACAUGAGGAACUGAGGCUAGAUAGCCGGGAUGGUGGAUCAACUGCAGCAUCUAGGGCGCAUCAAAGUGGCCCCUCACAGUCCCAACCUGUACCCUCAUAUACAGCGGCCCACCCCAUGGGCUAUUAUUCUAACUCUUAUACAACUGGUCCCCCGUUUUUUCCAGUCCAAAGUUCACUUCCUUUGACGAGUGCGCAAUUAAAUGCUAGCUCUCAAGGCCCAAGGUUUAACUAUUCUGUUAGCCAGGCAGCGAAAACUACGUCAUUUAUGAACCAAUCUCCACCUAAUACCUAUUCUGUCAGCAGGGUUGGGGCCUCAUUGCAGGGCCCUCCUGAUUCCUCCAAUUUGGAUCAUGUUAGAGAUGUUCAGAAGACGGCUCCGUCAGCACAAUCAACGUCAGUCCCUGUGACUGUGAAAGCAGCUAGUGGAUCUGCUGGAGAGAAGGUUACACACUCCACUGCUGCUGGAAGAUCUGAGCCUUUAAAAGUGUCACAUCCUGUUGUAGAGUCUAGUGUUAGGAAGGAUUUGGAAGUGAACACGGACAAUUCUUCUACGCAGCUGAAGUCUAGUUCUGGCCAAUCAAAACAAUCUGCUGCCAUGGCAGCUGAGACAUCAAGCACAGUAGCAAUCCCUGACGUGAGUCCCAGGGAAGCAUCAGGUAUUCCUACUCAUGCUAAUGCUGUGAAGAGGGAAACCGGGGUUAAGUCCAUAUCCAUUAGGGAUGUUGAGAAUGAAGGCAAGAACGACAUCUUGAAUCAUCACACCAGGUUAUACCCUUUUUUAUGUGUUGAAGGGCAGUUUGGUUCUAAAGUGAAACAGGACCUUGCUGAUUCUUCUGAGGUAAUGACCUCUGAAGCUGCAGAAGCUAAAUCUAUGCAAACUUCAUCAGGCUGUAAUGUGGUUGUGCCAGAAGCUGGCCAGGCAUCUUCAAAUGAUGAUAAUGUUGGUGCUGAGAGACCAACUCAUUCAGCUGAAGGUUCUGAAACUCAUAAUAUUGUAAAUAAAGCAGCUAAAAAUAAUAAUGGAGAACAAUUUAAAAUUCCUUUGGAAGACUCAGUUAUUAAAGGAUCAGUGAAUGCUGAAGAAAGUGGAGAAAAUAAACUGGAAGAACAAUUGUCUGGAAAAUCGUUCAAGGGCAGUGAUAUUGCAAAAGAGAUUGAUCAUGAUGGGCAGAUGAAGAAAGUUGGUGAUGUGAAGAGUGUGGUGGAAACUUCUCAAAGAGAGGAGGAAUCUGCAAAUUCUUUUGUGGAAGUUGGUAAAAUCGCCAACGAAGGCUCAUCAACUGUUUCUGAUGGAUGUAGCAUCUCAGACUCGAGCACUUUGUUGGGCGCAGCGGAAAGUGUUAGUAGCAAAGGUAAUGAUGUUUCAAAAUCUGGGUUGUCAGAUAAUGAUGCCAUCUCUGUUUCUGCAAACGAUUCAGACACACAUCUACAGCAUGAAGGGGAACUCAUGGAUAGCCCAAGACCAAGUUCAUCAUCAGGUAUUACAAGUAAGACCUCUUUAGAAUCAAAUAAGACAAAAAAUAAAGGGAAGAAGAAAUGGAAGGAAUUACUUCAGAAGGCAGAUGCUCAAGGGACAACCGCUGAUCUAUACAUGGCCUACAAGGGUCCAGAGGAAAAGAAAGAAAUUGGUGUUUCUGCAGAGCUUAUUUCUCCGGAUAACUCAAAGGAGGUCUCCGGUGAUGUCAAACUGGAAGAGAGUACUGGUAAGAACAAGGAUGAGCAAGGUAAAGCUGAGCUUGAUGAUUGGGAAGAUGCUGCUGAAAUUUCUACUCCGAAGUUGGAAUCCUCGGUUAGGGGUAGUCGUGGAUGCUCUGUUCAUGAUGAAGAGGGAAUUACAGCUAAAAAGUAUUCAAGAGAUUUUCUCCUCACAUUCUCAUCGCAAUGUAAAAACCUCCCAGAAGGUUUUGCAAUUACUGCUGAUGUAACUGGGCUCUUAAAGUCUGAUAAUGCCAAUGCUUCUCGUAAUGAUCGUGACUAUCCUAGUCCUGGAAGAAACAUAGAUAGGCCAGCUGGAGGCUCCCGACCUGAUCGGCGUGGUAAUGUGACAAUGGAUGCUGAUAGGUGGAAUAAGCAACCUGGACCUUUUCCUUCUGUUCGGGAUCCAGGGAUGGAUCUUGCUUAUGGAAGCAAUAUGAUGGGUUUUCGUGCUGGCCCAGGGCCUAAUUAUGGUGUGCUCAGGAAUCCACAGGCACAAGGACCUGUUCCACAUGCCGGUGGAAUCUUGUCUGGGCCAAUGCAUUCCAUGGGUUUUCAGGGAAUGCAGAGAAAUAACUCUGAUGCUGACCGUUGGCAAAGAGCUACAAACUUCAAUAAAGGUCUGAUGCCUGCUCCUCAGGGUCCUUCCCAGGUGAUGCACAAAGCUGAGAAAAAGUACGAGAUAGGUAAAGUUUCUGAUGAAGAAGAAGCAAAACAGAGAAGAUUGAAGGGUAUACUGAACAAGCUGACUCCACAGAACUUUGAGAAACUCUUUGAGCAAGUUAAAGAAGUUAAUGUUGACAAUACUCAGACUCUGUCUGGAGUGAUUGCUCAGAUCUUUGACAAGGCUUUGAUGGAGCCGACUUUCUGUGAAAUGUAUGCAAACUUCUGCUACCAUCUUGCCUCUGGCUUGCCUGAAUUAAGUGUAGACAAUGAGAAAAUUACCUUCAGGCGGUUGUUAUUGAACAAGUGCCAGGAGGAAUUUGAGAGGGGAGAAAUAGAGGAACAAGAAGCUAAUAAGACUGAUAAUGAAGGUGAAGACGAGCCUAAGCAAUCCGAGCAGGUGAGAGAAGAGAUGCGAUUGAAAACACGAAGACGCAUGUUGGGAAAUAUUAGAUUGAUUGGGGAGUUAUACAAGAAGAGAAUGUUAACAGAAAGAAUAAUGCACGAGUGUAUAAAGAAGUUGUUAGGUCAAUAUCAAAAUCCAGAUGAAGAAAAUAUAGAGGCAUUAUGUAAGUUGAUGAGCACAAUUGGGGAAAUGAUUGAUCAUCCCAAAGCCAAGGAGCAUAUGGAUGCCUACUUUGAUAUCAUGGGUCGGUUAUCGAACAACAUGAGGCUGUCUUCUAGAGUAAGGUUCAUGUUGAGGGAUUCUAUUGAUCUAAGGAAGAACAAAUGGCAACAGAGAAGGAAGGUUGAAGGUCCUAAGAAAAUUGAGGAAGUGCACAGGGAUGCUGCUCAAGAAAGACAGGGACAAGCUGGUCGUUUAAGUCGUGGUCCCAGCGGGAACCCUGCAAUGAGAAGGGGCCAACCUGUGGAUUUUGGUCCUCGGGGACCUAUGAUAUCUUCCCCUAUUGGGCAGGGUGGUAAUUUUAGAGGUAUGCCCUCUCAGGUUCGUGCGUUUGGACAGGAUAUCCGGAUAGAUGAGAGGAAUAUUUUUGAAAGCCGUACACAUUCAGUGCCUUUGCCUCAAAGACUAUCAAGUGAUGAGUCAAUUACUUUGGGACCCCAAGGUGGUCUAGCUAGGGGUAUGGCAUAUAGAGGACAGCCAUCAGUGUCAAAUUCACCUCUGUUAGACAAUUCUGCAUCCUAUGCGGAUCCUAGAAGAAUGAUAGGUGGUUUAAAUGCUUACAAUAAUGUGUCGGAGCAUGGAUUGUAUAGCUCAAGGGAAGAUCAUUUUGUGAGAAAUGCCUCAGAUAGGUAUGGUACUCCAAUUGCAUAUGAUCAAUCUAUCAGCCAUGACAAUGCAACUAGGGAUGCUAGACAUCCUGAUCGGAAUGUAGAACGAGUUAGGCCAAUUACACCACCUGUGGCACGUGCUGCUCCAGCUCAAAAUUUGUCCACGGAAAAAGUAUGGCCUGAGGAGCGCUUACGGGAUAUGUCUUUUGCAGCAAUAAGGGAGUAUUACAGUGCAAAAGAUGAGAAGGAAGUUGCACUGUGCAUCAGAGACUUGAAUGCUCCAAGCUUUUACCCUACAGUCGUCUCGAUUUGGGUCACUGACUCCUUUGAACGGAAGGACUUGGAGCGAGAUCUGCUAUCAAAACUACUUGUCAACCUUACAAUAUCUCGGGAAGCGGUCUUCAACCCUGGCCAGCUUCUUGAAGGGUUUAGCUCUGUAUUGACUAAUUUGGAGGACACUGUGACUGAUGCCCCAAGAGCACCAGAAUUUCUUGGGUGGAUAUUUGGCCGAUUAGUUAUAGAAAACGUAAUACCAUUGAAAGAUGUUGCUCAAAUAAUAUACGAGGGUGGGGAGGAACCAGGUAGUCUUCGAGAUGCUGGAUUGGCAGGUGAAAUUCUCGGGAGUAUCCUUGAAACGAUCAAAUCUGAGCGAGGUGAAUCUGUACUGAAUGAGUUUCGAGCCAAGUCAAAUCUGCAGUUAGAGGAUUUUCGACCCCCAGACCCUAUUAGAUCCCGUAAAUUAGAGAUGUUUAUGUAGAGAAUGAUGAUGAUUUUUGUAUGUGCUUAGAGAAUUCUUGGGCUGCUGUCACUAGGCACAUAUAUGCAUGAAGAAAAAGUUUAGCGAAAGGAUUUUUUUUUCCAACUAUUUAUGGGCGGAAUGAGUAGUUGAAUGUGGCAAUUAUUAAUUGCAUUAACUUGACGUAUCACAAUAUUAUUUUCUUCAAUA